AUGGCGUAUUUUGCUAGUUCUCAUUUUAAACUGCCAACAUCAUUUCAUGAGUCGGUGAGAAAAGCUUCUUCUAGGUUCUAUUGGAGUGAUUCGGAGGAAAGGCAAAAGAUCCACUGGAUGUCUUGGCAACGUCUCUGCAGGCCCAAAUCAAGAGGUGGUUUAGGUUUCAAGGAUACAAAGCUUCAAAAUCGGGCACUUCUUGCUAAAGCAGCCUGGCGUUUAUGGACAACACCUGAUUCACAUUGGGCAAAAUUCUUGAAAUCUAUCUAUUUUCCCCACUGUGAUUUCAUGCAGGCUAGGAUUGGAAACCGCCCCUCCUGGGGUUGGAGGAGUCUUCUCGUGGGUCGUGAUGUUUUAUUGGAAGGCCUAAGGUGGAAAGUUGGGGAUGGGUCAAGGAUUGAUAUUUGGGCGGAUAGGUGGAUUCCAGCCUUACCAAAUUCCAAGUUGCAAUACCCGAAACCAAAAGACUGUAAUCUUACAGUUGUUGCUGACCUCAUUGAGCCUAUGACUCGUAGUUGGAAAAUAAGCCUGCUUCAAUCGGUUUUCCACCCUUCUGAUGUGGAUGCUAUCCUGUAG